GGCUUACAGAAAUACUCCUGCCAGCUGACGCUGGACCCCAACACAGCACACAUAGAACUGUCUCUGUCAGAGGGGAACAGGAAGGUGACAUGGGGGGCAGAGCAGCCAUAUCCUGAUCAUCCAGAAAGAUUUGACCGUAAGCUCCAAGUUCUGUGUAGAGAGAGUCUGACUGGCCGCUGUUACUGGGAGGCUGAGUGGAGUGGAGAUGGAGCUGAUAUAGGAGUGACUUACAAAGGAAUCGGGAGGAAAGGAUGGAGUGAUGACUGUACGCUUGGAGCCAAUGACAAGUCAUGGAGUCUGAGCUGUCGUCCUGACAGUUACUCGAGAUCUGUCCAGCACAAUAAUAAACAGACUGUCAUACCCAUAAAGCCCUCAGGCUCCCACAGAGUAGGAGUGUAUCUGGACUGGGCGGCUGGUGCUCUGUCCUUCUACAGAGUCUCCUCUGAUGGACUGACCCUCCUGUACAGAUUCACCUCCUCAUUCACUGAACCAGUCUAUCCAGCAGUGGGUUGCACCAGCUAA